UGCGUGCUAGGAUGGUUGCCAGCUAGAUUUGCAAAUAUCUGAACAAGAGAAAAGGAUGGGGGAUGAGCUGGGUGUAUUGAAUGACGCGGCCAUUUACCGUCGCAGUCGCAGUCAAUUCCUGCUCGAAACACGAUCUCUUUCCCUCUCUCUUUCUACCUCCCCCCACCCCUCUUGCCAAGUACGGCCGCCUCUUGCGCCCACACCGGUGCGACUCUCGCGUUUCUCACAACAUUCCAUCAUCCGUGCGUGCGCACAAGAAUUUUGCGCGCGCGCGCGCGCCCCCAAAAAAGUCCAACUCUGUAUUCCCAUCGAGGUGGCAUCAUGCCGGCACUCGCGCUUCGCCCCUUCCCUUCCUCCCUCCCUCCUCCUCCAAAAAGAUGCUCUCUUGCCGCUCUCAGCCUCAUCUCGCUUCGUCUCCCGUCGAAGCAGCCUCGGCCAGCCACACCUGUCCCCCACACCUUGCAGCCCAGAGAAUUUGGAUGCGCAUUGCUGGGGCACUAAAAAGCAAAGAUGAAGAAGCGAGUGAUGUGUUCGUGGAUGUAUCAGAUACACGCGGGAAAAGGGGGGGAACAAAGCGAGUCUGGAAAAGGCGUACAAGUCAAGGGAUCGGCGAGAAGACAUGUGCAUGACGAAUGGGAGACGAUAUCAGAGACUCGGGGG